GAAAAACGACACUAUCCUCGAGACCGAGGUCGUCCAGCCAGAGUCUACAGGUCCACUUGAUGCCAGAGAAAAAUAUCGUGACAAAAUCAGACGAAUUAUGCUAGGAAACUAUGAAUAUGGUUUCCUCUGCAUGCCAUAUAUUCCAUUUUUCUUCAAAGCCAAAAGACGUCUUCCACCAUUCUUCGGCAUCAAUGCCCCCCUACCCAUCUUACUAUCUAUCGUUCUCGGCUUUCAACACGCCCUUGCCAUGGUGUCUGGUGUCGUAACGCCAUCAAUUAUUCUUGGAGGUGGUGGUUUCCUCAACCUAGACAUGGAAUAUAGACAGUACAUGAUCAGUUCAGCAUUGAUUGUUAGCGCAAUCUGUACAACCGUCCAGAUCACAUCUUUCACUUACCGUGGUGUUCGUAUCGGAACUGGCCUUCUCAGUGUGGUUGGAACUUCCUUCACAAGUGUACCGCUUGCCUACUCUAUAUUUGGAAAUAUGUACAAGACUGGAUUUUGUCCUAGUAUGAUUGAUGAGAACGGAACAACCAUUAAUUUGCCCUGUCCCCAAGGCCUUGGUGCCUUUAUCGGAACAGCAAUGCUGUGCUCUCUUCUCCCAAUGGGCCUUUCUCUCCUUCCACCAAAGGCCCUCAAACGUAUGUUCCCUCCAAUUGUCACCGGAACGACCGUAUUCUUGAUCGGCCUAUCUCUUAUUGCUUCAGGAUUCAAGGACUGGGCAGGAGGAUCGGGUUCUUGCAUGGAUCGUCCGGCCACCGGCAUGUACAGUGUUUGCCCUAAUCUUGGUGCACCCAACGCUAAACCCUGGGGUGACCCGGCUUAUCUUGGUCUCGGUUUGGUCGUCUACGUAUCAAUUGUCCUCAUUGAAUACUUUGGCUCGCCCUUCCUCAAGAAUAUUCAGAUGGUUGCUGGACUAAUUAUUGGUAUUAUUGUUGCCGCUGCUACUGGCUACAUCGAUCACAGUACAAUUGACAGUGCUCCCGUUGCCACCUUCCUCUGGGUCAAGCGUUUCCCCCUAAGCAUAUAUGCUCCUGGUAUUAUACCGCUCCUAAUCGUAUAUCUGGUGGCAGUGGUGGAAGCUGUCGGUGAUAUUACUGCCUCUUGUGAAGCAUCUCGUGCUCCAGUCGAGGGUCCUGAAUUUGAAGGCAGAAUCAAGGGCGGUAUUCUUUGCGAUGGUGUCAACUCUUUGUUAGCAGGAUGUUGCACUAGUCUUCCCCUCUCUACAUUUGCUCAAAAUAACGGUAUCAUUGCCCUGACUCGCUGUGCUAGCCGAACUGCUGGUUAUUGGUGUGCCUUCUUCAUGUUGCUGAUGGGUAUCUUUGCCAAGUUCUCAGCUGUCUUCCUUGCAUUACCAAGUGCAACCAUUGGUGGUCUGACAACAUUCUUGUUUAGUACUGUUGCUGUGGCUGGUAUCCGCAUCUUAGCCUAUCUCGAAUGGACUCGUCGCGAGCGUUUUAUCGUAUCUGCUGCAAUGGCUCUUGGUCUCGGUGUCAACCUAGUCCCAGACUGGUUCAGCUAUGUUCUUACUUAUGAGGGUUCCAACCAGGCCCUCCGUGGUUUCUUGGACUCUGUUGAGGUGAUUGUCAGUACUGGAUUCUGUAUCGCCGCUAUUAUUACUUCUUUCUUGAAUGCCGUCUUACCUUCCGAAACUGGAGUACAAGAGAUGUUUGAAAACGACAUUGAAGACAAUAGCAUCGACGAGCCUACAAAAGAGCCUCAUAUUAUUGUCUAAAA